AUGAAUUGGCACAUUGUAUCCUGGGUAUUUCUUGUGGCAUUACUUCAAGAUGGCACAGCGACCCCAACAACAGAACAACUGGUGAAGUCAGACUUGGGAAAAUUUGAAUCAGACUGGCCUGUUGGAGACUCUAGAAGAUGCCAGGAACAACUUCGACUGAGCAAAUUUGAUGUCAAGAGAUUCGAAGUGAUACCAGGCAUUGGCUGGGACAAUUUGCGUAAUGUAGAAGGAGGUUUGGUGGUGUCCUACAACUUCACCCAGUGUAAGGUUACAGAUGAUGGCCGACUUCUCAUCCCUGACAAUGUGUUCACAGUGCCUAUAAAGUCCAGUUCAGUGGAAACAUUCGCGGAGCUUAAUGACCACUGGCUCAACACCAGUUCCACGACAUCUAACACUAUCAACAUUCAAGCUGGACUGAGCACAUCUUCUGUGUCGGUCAGUGGAGGAUUUUCAUAUGAACAUGAACAAGUCAAGUCAAAACAGAUUGAAGAUAAAGCUGUCACAACCAGGGUCCAGAUGCGAUACACCAGAUAUGAGGCCAAGCUUCAACCUGAUCCAGUACUGAGUCCACAAUUCAAGAACCGGCUGUUGAGUAUUGCUGCUAAUGUUCAACUCAACUACACAGAACAAGCAAGAUAUGAAGCACAGCUGCUCGUCAGAGACUUUGGCACCCAUGUCCUCACUAGUGUAACUGCUGGAGCAGCUCUAGUGAAAGACGACUAUCUGCAGAGGGAAUAUGUUUUAGGACAUACUGAACAGAAGACUUCUAUCUUGGCAUCAGCUAGUGCAUCUUUUUUUAGUCUUGUCCACGUCAGUGCUUCAUACGGCCAUAAAACAGAUGCAACCGUGGAUGACAUGUAUCAAAAAAUAAUGACACACUCGUACACUAAAUCCUAUGGAGGGCCACUUUUUAAACCUGGAAAUAUGUCCUUGGAUGACUGGACAGAUGGAGUGGAUGAUAAUCUUGUACCCAUUGACAGAUCUGGUGACCCCUUGUACUUUCUAAUUACACCUACAUUGUUGCCCGAGCUACCUUCUACAACAGUUGCUGAAGUUGAAAAGAUUGUAAGGCAGUCAAUUGAACUUUAUUAUGAAAUGAACACCAUCCGCGGCUGCACAAAACUUGGAGCUCCUAACUUCAGCUUCUCUGCUAAUUUUGAUGAUGGUUCCUGCCAUGCAAAACCAACUAAUCUAACCUUUGGGGGGGUUUUCCAGAAAUGUGCUGCAAAUGGGCAGUAUUUAAAUCAUAAUCCUUGUGAUGGGCUUAAUGUUGUGAACCCAAAGACCGGAGGAAUGUCAUGUCCUCCGUCUUACACAGCUGUGGUGUUGCAAUCUGGGAGAAGAAAUGCACAGACAGAAGAAAGGACAGACUGUCAUAGUUAUUGGAUAUUUUGGAAACGCUGCCAUACCACACAGUUCUACUCUGAGGCAGUGUACUCUACCUACUGGUGUGCUGCUACAGGUCCUGUGGCACCUGAAUCAGGAUAUCUUUUUGGAGGUCUCUACACAUCAACCACCGAAAAUGUUGUCAUUGGAGCCAAGGGAUGCCCAGCAAGUUUCUAUGCUCGCCAGAUGUUCACAGACUUACAAAUCUGCAUUAGUGAUGAUUAUGAGUUUGCUCAAGCCUUCUCUGUGCCUUUUGGUGGUUUCUUCAGUUGUAAAUCAGGAAAUCCACUUGCUGCUGAGGGUGCGCACCCAGUGGGUGCAAAGAAGGCUGCUGUUGCAAACACUUUGAGGUCAUUCAUGGAAAACAGUGAAAACAGCUGGCCUUCAAAAUGUCCAGAAGGGUACAGUCAGCAUAUAGCAACAGACGAUAUGGGUUGUUCCAUUCACUACUGUGUGCAAACUGGAGCACUGUCUGGUCCUGCUCUGCCUCCAGUCAAGAGACCACCGUUCAUGAAAAAGCCAGCUACUUUCCUUGAGCAAGAUAAUCUGUUAAUAUUCAAUGAAGAGACAAAGACCUGGAUGAAGAAUGAGAGAGCAAAAGCAUUUCAAAGUACUUUAAUUGCUGAGCCUUCUAAACAGAAUAACAACUCUGGAAAGGAAAUGUCUCCUGGUGUGGCAGCAGCUAUUUCAGUGGCUGCUACCCUUGGGUGUAUUGGCAUUGCCACAUUGAUUAUUGUGAUGAUUCGCAAAAGAAAAUCUAAUCAACAAGGUCCAUACAGAAGACUGACUGAUGAAACUUUUGAACAGCCAGCCAGCUAUGGUUCUACCAGGCCUGAAAGUGGUGUCAUUAAUGAAACAGCUUGA